AUGAUUACCGAUGAUGACAUCAAUCAACAAUUGGAUAUUCAAGCACAACAAACAUUCAGAGCUGAUGGAUCUGAUCCAGUCACAGAUCUUGAGCCAAUCUUUUUGAAAAGUGAGCUUCCAUGGAGAUUUGAGAGAAAUACCAAAAUUAAUCAUCUUGUUGUAUCAAAUAAUGUUUUUAUAUUACAUCUAAAUGACAAAACUUUACAACGACGAUGUCUUGAUGACAUACCAAAAGAUACAAAACCUACUUCGUCAUUUCAAGAUGUUCAAAUUCCAGAUACAAUUAAUAAAGUAUUUCUUGAUCCAACUGGUCGUUUAGUUAUUGUAUCAACACGUGAUAAACGUGAUAUAUAUAUUCUUGUUUCAUCUGCAUAUACAUUAAAAUUAAAUAAAAAAUCAAUACGAUUAGGAAAUUCUUCAUCAUUUGUUCUUGCAUCUGUUUCAUGGUGUAAUCGAUUUUUACAAACACAAAAUGAUGUUGUUGCACUUCUUGCUGGACAAGAUGGCAGUAUAUAUGAAUUAUCAAUUCGCGAUGGUGAAGUAAUAUUUUCCAUUGAAGUAUAUCCAGUAUUUAAAACUAUUAUGGAAGGAAAUCAAGAUACUUUAACAGGUAUUUAUUGUGAUGUUAAAUCUGCUUAUGAAGAUAAUACAAAUGUAUUUGUUGUUAUUACAACACAAAAAGCUUUAUAUUAUUUUGAACAUCAAAUUGAUCCAUCACGUAAAUCAGAUUAUUUUUCAUCAUUUUUUGCUUUUUUUCGUGAUGCUUCAUUACCUGAUUUAAAAUAUCGUGAAUUUCCAAGUGGAAAUGCUCAAAGUGAAAUUCAAUUAUUUGUUAAACGAAAAUCACCUCAAUCACAAUUAUUAAAUAGACAAUUUGCAUGGAUAACUGGUGCUGGACUUUUUUAUACGGAAAUUGAUCCAAUCAAUGUACAAAAAUCUUUUCUUGAACGUAGUCGUAUUAUUGAUUAUCAUAUUGAUAAAAGUCUACAACAAAGAGAUGAAGAAAAACCACCAAAAUCUGUUGCUUUAACUGAAUUUCAUUGUCUUAUGAUGUUUCCAAAUGAAAAUCAAAUACGUGCUGUAUGUACUGUUAAUGAAAAUAUUGUUAUGAUUGAUGGUUCGAUGGCAAGUGGUACUCCAGUUUGUUAUGCACGCGAUCAAAUUCGUGAUCAAUUAUGGGCUUGUACUGAUGCACAUGUUCUUCGUUAUACAAUCAAAGAUGAACGUCGUGAUGUUUGGCGUGUAUUUAUGCAUAAAAAUGAUUUUCAAAAAGCAUUUGAAACUUGUGUUAUAGCAGAUGAUCCAAUUGAAACAACUCGAAGACAACGUUCAAUUAAUUCUCGACAUGCUGAUCAUUUAUUUAAUGAAAAAAAAUAUUCACUAAGCUCAAGCAUUUAUGCAACAUCAGAUACAUCAUUUGAAGAUGUUACAUUAAAAUUCUUUGCUUUAAGAGAUAAAGAACCACUUCGAGAAUAUCUUCAAUCAGUUUUACAAUUUCAAAAACCAUCAACAGAUAGUACACAAAUAACAAUAUUAACUCUAUGGUUAACAGAUUUAUUUUUAAAUGAACUUGAUGAAUUACGUGAAACAGUUUCUUCAACAACAAUAAAUCAAAUGAGACUACCAACAAAAACAAAAUCAGCACUUCAAUCAACUGAUGAAACUUUCGAUGAACAAAAUCGAAAAGAAAAAUUUGAUGAUAUACGUCGAAAAUUUCAAUAUUUCUUACGUAAAACAGAAAUUCAACCAUGUCUUAGAGAACAUCGGUCAGCAAUGUAUGAUUUAUUAUCAAGUCAUGGUGAUCUUGAUGAUUUAAUUUUUUUUGCUGAACAUGUACAAGAUUAUGAACGUGUUAUUUUACUUUAUCUUGAACGUGAAGAUUAUGAAAAAGCAUUGAAAACAUUAGAACCAUUAAAUGAUUAUCAUCUUUUUUAUAAAUAUUCACCAACUUUGAUCGAAAAAUUACCUGAACAACUUAUAAAUGUUUGGAAAAAGAAAUAUAAAGAAGGUUUUGAUACGAAAGAAUUAUUACCCGCAAUGAUUGCAUAUUCAAGAGCAUUUCCAAUUGGUAAAGCAGUAUUAGAUUUUUUAAAGUUUUGUCUAGCAAGAGGAUGUAUUGAUAAAUCAAUUCAUAAUUAUUUACUUUCGGAAUAUAUUAAAUUCGAACCUGAUCAAAUAAUGAAAUAUUUAUCCGAUCAAAAAGAAGAUCUUUCGUCAAUAACCUAUGAUCCAAGAUAUGCAUUACGUCUUUGUAUUGAUCAUGAUCUUAAUGAAGAAUGUGUGUUUUUAUAUCAAUUAUUAGGCAUGUAUGAAGAAGCUGUUGAAACAGCUUUACAAGUAAAUAUUAAACUGGCAAAGGAUUGUGCAUCAACAGCACCAAUUAAUGAUGAACGAAAGAAAAAAUUAUGGCUUAAAAUUGCUAGUUCUGUCAUAACUCAAGGACAUGACCUUAAUGAAGUAAUGGAAAUUGUUAAAAGUCGUGAUACUGAUUUACUUAAAAUCGAAGAUGUUCUUCCAUUAUUUCCUGAUUUUGAAACAAUUGAUCAAUUUAAAAAGCCAAUUAUUGAAUCAUUAGAACAUUAUAAUCUUCGUUUAACUGAUUUACGAACUGAAAUGAAAGAAGCAUCAACAUCAAUUGAUGAUAUACGUGUUGAUUUAGCUAAAUAUCGUACACGAUGUAUAGCAACAAUUGAUUCAAAUGAAACAUGUUCAUUAUGUGAACAAGUUUUAAUGUUACAACCAGUAUUUUAUAUAUUUGCUUGUGGUCAUUAUUUUCAUGGUGAUUGUUUAUUUACAUAUGUACGACGUUUAAUGAACCGUAAAGAUGGAGAAAAUGUAAAUGAAGCCAAUCGUUCACAAGUAGCAAAUACUGAACAAAAAGUUGAUAAAAAUUCAACAAAACGUAUUGAAACUAUUAAUCGUCUACAAACAAUAAUAGCAAGUGGAAUAGCACCACCAUCACGUGAUAUGGAUAGUGUACAACAAGAACUUGAUGAUAUUGUUGCUUCACAAUGUAUUUUAUGUGGUGAAACAGCUGUUGAUUGUCUUGAUCAACCACUUAAAGCAAUUCAAUAA